AUGUCAUCACAGAGCAGAAACAUAGAUUCAGCUACAGAGAGUGAGAGCUCAACUCCUAGCCGCACAACCUCCUGUUUCACCUCCUCCUUCCCAGAACCCGAGCUGAAAGAGGAGGUUGUGCAACUAGGAGUUGAGCUCUCGCUUUAUGUGGCUGAAUCGAUGUUCUUGCUGUGUGAUGACAUUUCUUGUAUGUUACGGUUCUGCUUUAAGCUAUGGAAAGGUGUAGAAAGGGACUUGAAACCUGAUAGUCCCGUGGGGCAAAGGCUGCUUCGUGUUAUGCAUUUUGUCUACUCAAGAAGUAUCAAACCGAAGAAUGGAGUACAUCAGAUUGGUGAAAGAUCUCUCCAAUGGGAAAUGAUCAGGGAGAGUUUUGAUACUGUAAUCAGAGAUCUGCACAAGCUUUGUUUUAUUCGUGAAAUAAAUGGACUCUGGGUAGAAGGCCGAGAGCUCACGUCUCGUAUUGAAGAAGCGCUGAAGAAGGUAGAGGAGAAGUUUAGGUGUGCCAAGGAUGUUUCAGAGGCGAAUGGGUUUGUGAGGGAGGCAAUAAAGUCUAACAUUUGGGACUUGUGGAAGUCUCUCUUUGACAAAGAAACCGAGGAAGCAUGGACCCAGAAAGUGAUUAGGCAUGAGAUUCUUUGUGACAUGUUUCAGCCUUUUCUAAAGAAAGAAGAAGAAGAAGAAGGAGAAGCAAAACAAAGUUAG